AUGAACCUAGAUUAAGCAUUCACAUUCGGAUAGGAUUGUUAUAAUCAAGAUUUAGCCAAUCCAUCUAAGCAUCCCAGAAUCAGUAAAAAAUCACCUUUUUAUUCUAUUGUCAAACCAACUACAUCAUAAAAAAAUUAUCGAAUAAAGGAUCCGUCGGUCUAAUAAUUAACCUAGACAAUUUAAAAGAAUACUAAUAAAGAGAAUUACAAUUCUCACUAAUAAAAUGUUGUCGUACCUAAACAUACGCGAAAUCCAACUGAUCUUAAUUUGAUAAGAUUUGACACAUCGCCGAAUUCGAAAAUAGAAAUCUCAAACAAUUCAAGAUCCAACAACUAACCAUAAGAUCAUUAAAGAAGACUUUCAUUCAAUACUCCCAAUUAAACUAUUAGAACUUCAUUACCCCCUGUUAAUAAUACUGAAAAAUAUAAAAAGGUAGCCAUGUCAAUGAAAGAACUCAUCUAAAAAUAAAAAUACUGCUAUGAAAUCGGAGAUUAUGAAUAAAUAGAGCUUAUUUUUGAAAAACUUGAUUUACUUUGUGAUUAACUUUGA